GCGCUAAUCAACAUCUACCACUCCACAUAAUCCUAGCGUUUCGCGAGAUUAAUUCAGCUUCCCUCCUACCAUAUCAUUUUCAGAUGUUCUAUAAAAGGGACGGAUUUUCAGUUAACCUUUUUUAUUUCCUGCCGUAGUUUGGGUCUUUUUUCCGAUUUUCUAUAUUCCUCGUGGGUUUAUUUGGUUUAAAGUCCAAAAGAGAAGAGAAGGGAAGCAAGCAAGACUGAGCGGAGGCGAGCUGUGCGCCUUGCUCCUCUCCCCCCUGCUCUCGUCAGAUCCAAACCCCACGCGGGAACCCAAACCCUAGCGCCCAUUCGCGCCGCAGCAAGGGCGACGAGACGAUGAGGGGCGUUAGGGCGGAUGGUGGCGGUGGCGGCGCCGGAGGCGGAGGUCCGUCCUCGUCUUCCACCGCAGACAACUCGCGCUUCGACGCGGCGCAGUACUCCUUCUUCGGCAAGGCGCCCAUGCAGGGGGCGGAGCUCGGUGGCCUUUUGGAUGGAGGUGUAGACGGCGAUGGUGGUGGAUUCGGUGGACCUGAUGAUGGUGGCUACCAGUUCUCUUCUACAGGCGAGGAGAUUGAUUGUAUCAGUAACUUGUCGGAAAUUGAUGAUCUUGCAAGCACUUUUGCAAUGUUGAACCGAAGUAUUAGCGGGACAAGGAAUCCUGGAGUUAUUGGUGACAGACGAUCAAUUUCGAGGGAAAGUUCUUUGACUGCUGAUUGGGCUCAAGAUGCUGACUUCUCCAAUUGGGUAGAUCAGGAUAUACUAGAUGGUGAUGAAUCCCUGGACAGCAAACAAUGGUGCUCGCAGCUGCAAUCUUCAUCUCACUUUGGAGAGUCUAAACCACUGUCUCGUACAUCUUCAUAUCCCAAUCAACCACUACAGCACCGCUCAAGUGAACCUAUUCUUUUGCACAGAUCUACUUCAUUUACAUCCUAUCCACCACCAGGUGGAAGUCCUGCAUUGCCUUAUCCUGCUCAAGGUCUUACACGGCACUCAAGCAUUCCAUCACCUGGUGCUGGUCACCACAUGGGUUCUCCGAGUUCAUCGCUUUCUGGUUCCCCAUAUCAUAUGCCUGGUCUAUCUCAUGGACUGCCUUAUGGACGAAGCAUGUCUUACACCACUGGAGAUCUGUCAAUGAACAAUGUCCUACAAAAUGAGUGGUCAAACCAAGCUGGCCCACUUGCCUUUGAUCAUCUUAACCGGCGGCACAGUUUAUUGCAGCCACAGUUAUCUGUUCCAAGUAGCUCAAUGUCUUCAUUGCUUUUUUCUCAGCAGCACCAGAGAUUACCACCAGGCCAGCCGCCUCUUCAGAAUUACAUAAACAUGCAGCCUCACCUAUUCUAUCAUCACCAAUCUCCUGAUGUUCCUUCACCAAGAGACAAGCGAUCAAGGUCAGGAAGAGGAAAGCACAACAUACGCUUUUCUCAACAGCCUUCUGAUGCAGGUAGCCAGAAUAGUGAGAGUUCAGGGAUAAAGUUCAGAUCCAAGUACAUGUCAUCUGAAGAGAUUGAAAGUAUCUUAAAAAUGCAGCACUCUGGAAAUCACAGCAAUGAUCCUUACAUCGAUGACUAUUACCACCAAGCUUGCAAAGCCAAAAGAUCUGUAACUUCUCAGAAGUCCAAUUUCUGCCCUAUGUCAAUAAAGGACUUCCCCUCAAAAUCCCGGUCUGGUGUUGAUCAGCAUUCAUAUCUACAGGUUGACGCUAAUGGAGGAGUUUCAUUCUCUGCCAUACGUAGACCUCGCCCUCUUCUUGAAGCUGAUUUGCCUGGAUCUGGUGAUGGUUUUUAUGAUCAUAAGUCAUCCACAAGGCCGCUGGAGAAAGAACCAAUGCUUGCAGCCAGAAUAACCGUUGAAGAUUCUCUUCGUCUUCUUCUGGAUGUUGAUGAUAUUGAUCGGUUUUUACAGUCUAGCCAGCCACAGGAUAGCAGUUUCCAACUGAAGCGAAGGCGACAGGUCCUGCUUGAAGGCUUAGCUACAUCACUUCAGCUUGUUGACCCUUUUGGCCCCAACAAACCUGGCCAUUCAGGUGGAUUGGCCCCUAAGGAUGACCUAAUUUUUCUUCGUAUUGUUUCUCUGCCCAAAGGACGGAAGCUUUUGGCGCGCUAUCUUAGACUUCUUGUCUCUGGAAGUGAGCUGACCCGGAUAGUUUGCAUGGCUGUUUUCCGACAUCUUAGGAGCUUGUUUGGGGGCUUGCCGUCAGACUCUAGUGCUGCAGAAACAACCAUUGGUCUUGCCAAGACUGUUUCCUCUUGUGUGCACCAUAUGGAACUCAGUGCUCUGAGUGCCUGCCUUGCAGCUGUUGUCUGUUCAUCGCAGCAACCACCUCUCCGACCACUUGGUAGUGCUGCUGGUGAUGGGGCCUCUGUGGUAAUCAAAUCUGUGCUGGAUAGAGCGACUGUGCUACUGGCUGAUCCUCAUUCCGCAGCCAACUACAGCAGAUCAGCACGUUCACUUUGGCAAGCAUCAUUUGAUGCCUUCUUUGGACUCCUGACGAAGUACUGUGACAGCAAGUAUGAAAGUAUUGUGCAGAGGUUUGCCAUGCAGGGAUCCAACUCCAUGGGAGGACCUGAAACCACCAAAGCAGUCAGCAGGGAAAUGCCUGUUGAGCUGUUACGUGCAAGUCUUCCUCAUACUAAUGAACAGCAUCGUCAGACACUGCUAGAUUUUGCUCGGAAAUCUACACAUGUAUCUGGUUUCAGUCCUAAUGCUAGCCGUGGACUCAUCAAUUCUGAAUCAGUUCCAGGUUAACACCACUGAAGAAACCUGGUGAUCGUUUGUUUUGAUUUAUAUGGCACUUUGUCUUCAGAUGGCAAUUCUUAUAUCUGGAGACAUGCCUGUGAUCUCAUCAUAAGGUGCGAGCUUGGAGAAGUUCCAUUGGCUCAGUGAAGUUAGCAUUCAGGAUUUGACUGUAGGAUCGAGAUGUUAUAUUUAUAGACUGAAAACCAACUUCAUGUAGGUCUGUCUUAUUAUAUAUCGCCCUCAUGACGGUUAUAAUUGACUAUGCAUGUAUGUAUCCUGCUGUAACUGUGUAGUGGACUAGUGGUGAACAGAACAUCUAUUGGAGAUAAGCUAUUGACUUAUUUUCUCCCAAAGAGAACAUUAGUGGGUGGAUGGAUAGCAACAGCUUAGGGGGUGUUUGGUUUGAGGAACCACUUCAUUCUAGAUGAAGUAGUGCAUCAUUAGUCUGCUCUUCAAAUUUUGUAUACCCAUUCCUCCUACUAAUUAUUAGUUUGUGAGGAAUAAGGUGGUGAUGGAUCAGCUUGUUACACUCUGUAAACCAAACAAAAAAGUGUGGAGUGAAAAGAUAGUGAACUAUAUUCCUCAAACUAGACACCUCCGUUUGUUUCUUGUGAUGCUUGCUUCAGUUGGAUAUAUGGAAGUGCAUGAGUGAUGCGCUUGAACAAUUUAACCAACAGGUUGUUUUGCUGCA